AUGCCUGAACCGAUUCCAACCACUGAGGCGGGAAGCCUUAUCUCCUGGAAUUUUCUGCCUGAUUCGAAGGCUUUCCACUUGCCCGAUUUCAGCGCUCCAUUCCCAGAAUACCCAUUGGAUUACAAGACUGAUUUUCUCGUCAACAAGUUCUAUCCCUUCUCAAUGAAAUUUUCUACGCCUCUCAUCUUUUCGCUCACCUAUUUCACAUCCGUGCAUUUGCUCAACAAGGUUGUUUUGAACAGACAGAUUAGAGAGUACCGCAAGGCACAUCCAGAGGCCAAGCAACUUCCGGAAAGACUCCCAAGAGCUCCUUACUGGAUUUCCAAGACUCGUCUUUUCAAGAUCUUUGUUUUCCUUCACAAUGUGCUUCUCUGCGUGUACUCUGUGACCACUUUCUGCGGCCUGGUUCACACCAUGCGGGUUAAUGCCAAGGAAAUAUUGCCUACCUUCUUUGGACAUUACUUUGAUGCCUCGGAAUUGAAGCCAUCUCACAUGUUUUGGCAGUCCGUUUGCAAUAUUGAAAAUGGUAUUUGGCAAAACCAUGGUCCUUCUGUCAAAGGCCUAUCGUUCUGGGCGUACCUAUUCUAUCUUUCUAAGUUUUAUGAAAUCAUAGACACUCUUGUGAUCUUGGCCAAGGGAAAACAGGCCUCUCUGUUACAAAGUUACCACCAUGCAGGUGCCAUUCUGUGUAUGUGGGCUGGUGUUCGUUUUGCAUCUCCUCCAAUCUGGAUUUUCGUCGUCUUCAACUCUUUCAUCCAUUCAAUCAUGUACUUCUACUUUGGAUUGUGCUGCAUCAAAAUCAGAUUGCCACUUGGCUUUAAGCAAUGCUUGACCACUUUGCAAAUUAUCCAGUUUGUUGUCGGCGGAAGUCUUGCAGUUAUCCAUUUGUUUGUUCGUUACACCGAUAUUUUCAAGGGAACUAUUCGUGGCUGUAUUCAUAGUGGUGAAGAGGCUUUGGCAAUAUACAUGAAUGUGAUAUACUUGACCCCACUAACCUUGCUAUUUGCUGCUUUCUAUAUUGAUUCCUACAAGAAGAGAUCUGCUUCCUCUUCAACCAAAAAAAACAUUUAA